AUGCUACAGGUUCCUCUGGUAGCAGCGAAUGUUGCGACCGUCUUCAUGGAGAGUUUCUUCUACGGCAUCUUCUUUGUUCUAUCCGUGUCGUCCAUCUGUCUCUUGGUGUACCGCCAAAAGCAACUGCUGCUACCGAUUCACCCAAAUGUUCAACGAGUCGCCGCUGCCGGUCUAUUUUUGCAACUUUGCAAAACACCUAUGUUCCUCGGGGCGAUCGCGCUUUCGGUAACCAUCACUGCGCAUUGGAUACUCACGUGCAUCCGCACGUUCCAAGCGUUUGUAUACUUCGAGGGCGGAACAAAUCCCAUAGCGUUCUACGGGAACCUCAAACAACUCACGGAGGUCGUCAAAACGGGAUUCCUGAUGGCCUCGAUGGUGAUUGGCGACGCCAUGGUUAUCUAUAGGCUAUGGAUCAUCUGGAACCGCCGCACGGUUAUCGUGAUCUUUCCGCUAUGCACGCUCGCAGGACUCACAGCAUGCGGAGUCGGCAUAACCUACCAGUUCACUCAAUACUGGCCCGGGGAGAACGUAUUUGUGUCCCAAGCCGGUCGUUGGAUCACUAGCGACUGCGUAUUCACACUUUGCACCAACGUAUACAGCACUGCUUUGAUUGGAUACCGCGUCUGGACAUCAUACCGGCACGUCAAGAUCCACAAUUGUUCCAACCUUAUUGUAUGCUAUGCCAGACUCGCGCCUUGCAGUACUCAUCUGACCGAUUUCCAGACCGUGUUGACAACCUUCAUAGAAAGCGCCGCUCUCUACACGGCGUGGACAGCAUUCUUCUUUGUCUCAUACCAGACCAACUCGAACCUGCAGUUUACAGCCGUCGACACCUGGCCGGAGCUGUCCGGGAUAUCGUGCAUGCUCAUCAACGUCAGAGUCGGACUGGGCUGGGCCCAGACGGGGUCGCAUAUGGCGAAUAACCGCACAGAGGAGUUCACAGGCAUCUCGUACCAAAUGCGCCCAGUCACCGUCAAUUUGACAAGUAUGGCAGAGCAAGACGACGACCUCGAGGCAAAGCGCCUGGAUAGCCCUAGUGGAAGCUUCAUCCCGGGAUCUACUGGUAUAUGA